CUCUCCCCGCACCGGCCACUCUCGGAGGUACCGCCCCCCGCCUGCCCUCCCGCGCCGCCCUUGCCGCCGCCGCCGCCGCCAUGGCCGCGCUGCCGCUGGAGGACGAGUUGACCUGUUCCAUCUGCCUGGGGCUCUACCAGGAGCCGGUGACGCUGUCCUGCGGCCACAACUUCUGCGGGGCGUGCAUCCGGGACUGGGGGCGCCGCUGCGACAAGGCGUGCCCCGAGUGCCGGAAGCCCUUCCCCGAGGGCGCCGAGCUGCGCCGCAACGUGGCGCUUAGCGCCGUUCUCCAGGCGAUGCGGGCCGGGCCCGCCCCGACCCCCGACCCCGACCCUGCCCGGGCACCUGGCUCCGCCCUGGGUGCGCGCUGCCCCCGGCAUGGGCGGCCACUCGACCUCUUCUGUCGCACCGAGGGUCGCUGCAUAUGCAGUGCGUGCACUGUGAACGAGUGUCGCCUCCACGAGCGGGCGCUGGUGGACGCCGAGCGUCGGGAGCGCGAGGCCCAGCUGAGAGCCAUGCUGGAAGUGAGCCAGCAGCAGGUCACCCAGGCUGAGAGGCAGCUGAAGGAACUGCAGCAGCAAAGCAGCCAGAUCCAGAGCUCAGCCCGCACCCUGGCCUCCAUGAUCUCUGGCAAGUUCAGUGUCCUGCUGCAGGCCCUGGAGAUGCGACGGGCCUUGGCACUGAAGGACAUCAAGGUGGCCGAGACCCAGGUGUUAGCACAGGCCCAGGAUGGAGAACAGCGACUGCGGAGCCACCUGGAGGCCCUGGCUUGUUAUGACCGCAGGGUCCGGGACCUCCUGGAGCAGCUGGAUGACCAGACCUUCCUCCAGGAAUCGCAGCUCCUGGCACCCCCAGGGCCUCUCGGGCCUCUGACUCCUCUGCAGUGGGACGAAGAUCAGCAGCUGGCUGGCCUGAAGGAGUCACUAAGCCGGCUGUGUGGCCUCCUCCUGGAUGAGGGGGCCCACCCCAGGGCACCAGCUGAGGCUGCCGAUUUGGGCCCUUUGGAGGCCCCAGGUCCCCUGGCACCAGGCGCAAGCCCAGUUUGUCCACUGAGGAGGAAGCUCUGGCAGAAUUAUCGCAAUCUGACCUUCGAUCCGGACAGUGCCAAUUGCCACCUGUACCUGUCUCACCAGGACCAGCAGGUAAAGCACCGUCACAAGCCCCGGGACCUGGCCGGGCCAAGCAGCUUCGAGCUCUGGCAGGUGCGGUGUGCCCAGAGCUUCCAGAACGGGCGACACUACUGGGAGGUGCGUGCAUCUAACCACUCAGUGACCCUGGGCGUUGCCUAUGCAGACCUGACGCGGCACAAGCAGGGGCCCCACACAGACAACAUUGGGCGUGGGCCAAGCUCCUGGGGGCUCUGUGUUCAGGAGGACAGGGUGCAGGCUUGGCACAACGGGGAGGCCCAGCUCCUCCCAGGGGUGUCGGGGCGGCUCCUGGGCAUGGACUUGGAUGUGGCCUCUGGCUGCCUCACCUUCUACAGCCUGGAGCCCAAGGCCCAGCCCCUGCAUACCUUCCAUGCCAUCUUCACUCGGCCCCUCUACCCUGUCUUCUGGCUCCUGGAGGGUAGGACCCUGACCCUGUGCCACCAGCCUGACGCCACACUCCCUCCGGAGCUCCGGGAAGAGGCAUCGGGGCCCAGCUGAGGAGGACACAGGAUAGAGCUCGGGGCCAGGAAUGUGUGCCACCGCGCCUGUGCGCUCAAAAGCUGCCCAGCCCCUAACUUGGAGACCUGAGGCCACAGCUAUGAUGGGGCCAGAAAAUUGACUCAGAACUAGGCUGGGCCACUUGGAAAGAGAGGUGGGAGGGAGCCCUCAAACUGGAGUUCACCGUUCCAGCGUCGUUGAAGGGCACGGGGACUAGGAAGAGACUAAAACGGGAGGACCCCGCCCGAACAGAGCCCGCUUCGAGGCGCUGCCUGGCCGGCCGAGGCUGAUGCAGCGCCCGUGGGCUCCUGGCCCUGCGGGAGAGCGUGCACAGCUCGGGCCUCACCACACAGUGUGGUACGAAUACACAUUCCACCCCCGGCCUCCCGUGAGGGUGACGUAGAUCAAAGGAUGGGGCGGCGGGGGAGGGGCACGAAGCACAGUUCCUGGAGAAAGCCUAGAGAAAAGUGAUUUUUUAUCUCCUUCUUCCCUCUUUUUUUUUUUUUUCCUUAACAUUUUGGUAUAUUUUAGUUUCUCUUGUAUAUCCUUGUGAUCGCAUUUUAUAAACACUUGUGUCUUUUGC